GCUCGCCUCCGGCACCAUGGCGACCGCGCGGGGACUGCGGCCGCUGCUGACGCUGAGCCGGUGUAGCCGCGGGCGCGGAGGAGCCCCCGGAGCCCCCGGGUCCCGAGCGCUCGCGGGGGUCGCGCCGGGCGCGUCGCAGGUGGACAACAGCUCCGGCUUCCUGGGGCGGAGGCCACACCGCCGGCACCCCGGCGUCCUGCAGCUGCCGUGCGUGCGGGUGCCGCCCGUGCUGGCCGCCGCGGCGCGGGCCCUGCUGCUCGAGAGCUCGCUGCCGGGCGUGGAGGCGCAGGUGCCGGCGCUGCGCAACUACCUGUGGAGCCGCCGUGUGCCCGUCGAGCCGGAGGAGCUGCAGAGGCGCGCGCGGCGCCUGGAGGAGCGGCUGCUGGAGGACGCAGACGUCCCCCCGGCAGAGGAGAGGCUUCGCCAAGCCGUGCUGCAAACCCUGCGCAGAACUACCUACCAUUGGCAAGAACUGACCUACAAUGAGAGACUGAGCCUGGUAUAUAUGGCGGCAAGACUGGAUGGCGGCUUUGCAGCGGUCUCCAGGGCGUUCCAUGAGAUCCGGACUCGAGUUCCCAAGUUCCAGCCCCAAACCCUAAUGGACUUUGGCUCGGGUACCGGCUCUGUCACUUGGGCCGCUCACAGUGCUUGGGGCCAGAGCCUCCGUGAGUAUAUGUGUGUGGACAGCUCAGCUGCUAUGUUGGAUUUGGCAGAAAAGCUACUGAGAGGUGGCUCAGCGUCCGGGGAGCCUCACGUUCCAGGUGUCUUCUUCAGGCAGUUUCUCCCUGUGUCACCCAAGGUCCAGUUCGAUGUGGUGGUGUCGGCCUUCUCCCUAAGUGAACUGCCCAGCAAGGCUGACCGCACUGAGACCAUCCAAACCCUGUGGCGCAAGACAGGUCACUUUCUGAUAUUGGUAGAGAAUGGAACAAAAGCUGGCCACUGCCUUCUCAUGGAUGCCAGGGACCUGGUCCUCAAGGGGAAGGAGAAGUCACCUCUGGACCCUCGACCUGGCUUUGUCUUUGCCCCGUGUCCACAUGAACUUCCUUGUCCCCAGUUGGCAGCCUCUAAACCUCUGGCCUGUAGCUUUUCUCAGGCUUACCACUGCAUCCCCUUCAGCUGGAACAAGAAGAAGCAAAAAGAGGAGAAGUUCUCGAUGGUAAUUCUUGCCCGGGGGCGUCCAGAGGAAGCUCCUCGAUGGCCGCGUCUCACUCAGCCUGUCCUUAAACGGCCACGCCACGUGCACUGUCACCUGUGCUGUCCAGAUGGGCACAUGCAGCACGCUGUGAUCACAGCCCGCCAGCAUGGCAGGGAUUUGUAUCGCUGUGCUCGCGUCAGCUCCUGGGGAGAUCUUCUACCCGUGAUCACACCGUCAGAGUCGGAGCUGCCCCCGUCCCCUGCUGAAGACCCCCUGAGGGUCGACAAGGAUGCGUAACAAGUGUUUUCUUCCUUAGGCCUGCCAAGGCUGAAGCUACCUGGCAUCCAGGGUGGGAGCGCUGGUAGCCCUGUGUGUUCUCGCUUUAGAGGUUUUAAUAAUAAUAAAGUUUUCAAAGCGUAGAA